UCUAAUGGAUGAUGUCCAUGGGAAGAAGGAAGAGGUGGAGGCGGAGCAUCCACGCGCCCUCCGCCUCCCAUUUCUUUUUUCUAUUCUUAGCGCCAAUUUUCCACCUCAUUUUCGUUUUUAAUUUUAUUUUUUAUCCUUAAAUCUCCCGUCCCCGUUCUCGGGGAUUCAUUUUCAGUUCGUUAUUUCCUCUGUUGCAACGUUCAACGAUGGCAAUUCAACUGAACGUGUAACUCCAACGAAGACUACGGAUUAAAACAUGACAGGAUCUGAAAGUGAAGCUCCCACAGUCAUUCUUUGUAAUGGAAAGCUAGAUUUUGAAGGUGGAGCUCCACCAGGUCCUGUUGCUAAUGGAGUUAUAUAUUCUGCUCCGGUUGCAAAUGGAGUAAUAUAUUCUGAAAGUCCUGAAUUCUUUCCUACUAAGAAUACGCCUUCAAUAAGUUCAGAAGUUAUUGUUCACGAUCGCGACGAAAUCACUGCUAAGGACAAUAACAUUGCAAUGGAAGUUCAUUCACUCAAAAAUCUCAAGCAAGGUGGUUUGAGUAGAGGCUUUAUUGAAACCAAGGCACCUAUUGAAUCUGUAAAAGCGGCUGUCUCUAAAUUUGGAGGGAUUGUUGAUUGGAAAGCUCGUCGAGUCCAUUCUAUGGUGGAGAGAAUUAAUCCAGGAGAGGAUAAACUUGACGAAGUGCAGGAGGAGAUUCUUCAUUGUAGGAAGAAGUCAGAGGCAGCUGUGGAAUCAGAAUUCCAAGUGUUGAAUGAGCUUGAAAGCACUAAACGACGCAUAGAGGAAUUAAAGCUUGCACUAGAGAUUGCACAAACGGAAGAGCAGCAGGCAAAACAGGAUUCAGAACUUGCCAAGCUUAGACUUGAGGAGAUGGAGCAAGAAACUACCGAGGAGAAUGAUGAUGCCCUAGCCAAGGCACAGCUUGAGAUGGCCAUGGCCGGACAUGCUGCUGCAGUUUCGGAACUGAAAUCCAUUAAAGAAGAAAUGGAAGUACUGCGUGAUGAAUUCUCUUCGUUAGAGAGUGAGAGAGAUUCCGCUGUGAAAAAUGCUGAUGAUGCUCUUGCUGCAUCUAAGGAAGGUGAGCAGGCACUAAAGGAGCUGACUAUGGAGCUGGUAGCUUUAAAGAAAUCAUUGGAGUCUGCACGAGCUGCCCAUUUAGAAGCCGAAGAGCAAAGGAUGGGUGCAGCCUUGGCCAAAGAGCAAGAUUGUUUCAAAUGGAAGAAAGAGCUAGAUGAUGCAGAAGCCGAGUUUUGCAGACUAAAUUUGCAAAUUCUGUCGAUUGAAGAUCUCAAAUCGAAAGUGAACACUGCCUCAACCUUGCUAUCAGAUUUGAAAGCUGAAAUGAUGGCUUAUAUGGAAUCAGUUCUUAAGGAGGAGAUAGGUGAUGAACAGCUCUUGAAAGGUGAAUUUGCAGAAACUGAGAAUAGAACAGAUGCAACUGUACAGUCAGCGGUUGAUUCAACAAAGAGGGAAUUGGAAGAAGUGAAGCUCAACAUAGAGAAAGCAAUUGCAGAAGUAAAAUGCUUGAAGACGGCUGCUACUUCACUAAAAUCAGAGCUUGAAGGGGAGAAAUCUACUAUGGCCACCACUAAGCAGAGAGAAGGCAGGCCUUCGGAGAAAGCUGCAUCACUUGAAGCUGAAUUAGAUAAGACAAUGUCUGAAUUCGUUGAUGUCCAGGGAAUCGUAAAUAGCCUGGACCUGACUAAUCAAUUGAAGCAGGCAGCACAGGAGGCUGACGAGGCCAAGUCACUCGCUCAGAUGGCUCGUGAAGAGCUGCAGAAGGCAAAGAUAGAAGCAGAGAAAGCAAAGGCAGAAUCAAGCGCUAUGGAAAGUAGAUUACUUGCAGCAAAGAAGGAGGUUGAGGCUUCCAAUGCUUCAACAAUGUUGGCAUUGGAAGCAAUCAAAGCACUACAAAAGAGUAAUUCCUCUGAAAUCGCCGAAGAAGAUUCACCAACCACAGUAACUAUUUCACUAGAGGAAUACAAUGAACUCAGCGAACGUGCCCGUGAGGCUGAGGAGCAGGCAAGCAUCAGGGUGACGCAAGCAAUUUCUCAAAUUGAGGCUGUGAAGGAAUCCGAGGCAAAAAGUCAAGAAAUGCUGGAAGAAGUCAGUCGUGAACUAGUUGAUAGACAGCAAGCAUUGAAAGAUGCAACGGAAAAGGCCGGUCAGGCCGAGGAAGGAAAGUUGGCAGUAGAACAAGAGUUGAGGAUGUGUAAGGAAGAACAAGAGUUGAUGAUGCGGAAGGAAGAAGAAGAGCAACAAAGGAAUGACAAUAAACCUAACCAAGUAGUACCAAGUCCCACAAGCAGCAGCCCAAGAGGAAGUUUUGAGACAAAAGAAUCAACAACUGGUGAUCAAGCAGAUCCUCCUGCUCCAGAAGUGCCAAACGCAAAGGAACAGACGAAUAAAAGUCUUGGUAGAGCCGAAUCAUUGUCAAAAGAAUCAACAACUGGUGACCAAGUAGAUCCUCCUGCUCCGAACGCAAAGGAACCGACGAAACAAGGUCUUGGUAGAGCGGAAUCAUUGUCCGAAUCCAAGGACGGAAAGAAAAAGAAGAAGUCAUUCUUCCCAAAAAUGCUUACAUUGUUGAGCAAACAAAAGUCAAGUCGACAUAAAGCAACAUAACUUCUUGUUAGUCUCGUGCCAAGACUCUCUGUUUUUAAUACAUUAAUAUGAUCUUAAUCUCUUUAUCAAACCACUUACCCAAAUCUUCCCACAUUAAUGUAAAAAGUUUCCAUAUUCUAUAGUAUUGGUGGAUCGUGUUCUUGUCUA